AUGUAUCCAGGUACUGACGGGAAGGCUCAAUCUCCAGACCUCCAGCACAAUGUCUUCCUCCUCACGUUUGGCAACAGACUCGGUCUCGCGCCGCCGUGCCAGAAGGGGGCCGAAGUCCCUGGCAGGGUCCUCGAUGUUGGAACAGGGACAGGGAUAUGGGCUAUCGACUUUGGUGAUGAGCAUCCCGAAGCUGAGGUUCUUGGGAUUGAUCUUUCGCCUAAUCAACCUACGUUCCUUCCGCCAAACGUCGACUUUGAAGUAGACGAUAUUGAAGAGGAGUGGGUGUUUGACGAGCCGUUUGACUACAUACACAGUCGCCUCAUGACUUCCAGCAUCGCAGACUGGAAGGAGCCACAAGUCCAGAUCUUCUUACACUCUCGCAACAGCAACCUCACACCGGGAGGCUACCUAGAACUCCAAGAAGUCGACGUAGGCCCCUCAUGCGACGACGGCACCCUCGAUCCCACGACCUCGGCGCUGGCGCGGUACUGUGCCCUCCUACACGACGCCUCGGUGAUGCUGGGCCGGCCCUACCAGGAGAUCCCCAAGCUCGCCGACCUGAUGCGCGAUCCGGAGGUCGGGUUCGUGGACGUCGAGGUCCGCGUGUUCAAGUGGCCCACCAACGGGUGGCCUGCCGCGGACACGGAGGAAGGGAGGAGGUUGAAGGAGCUCGGGGUAUGGAGCGGGGAGAAUAUCGUGGCUGGGCUCCAGGGAUUUGCGAUGGCGCCGUUUACGAGGGCGUUUGGGUGGUCUAAGGAGGAUGUUGAUACGUUUUUGGUGGGUGUCAGGAAUGAGAUGAGGGAUGAGAGUAUUCAUGCUUACGGGCUUGUGUAUUCCAUUGUUGGAAGGAAGCCGCUGCAGUAA